CGGUAGAACAACAGAAAACAUCCGCAGGAUGAAUUAUCAACAGCAGCUCGCGAACUCAGCCGCUAUUCGCGCAGAGAUCCAGAGGUUCGAGUCCGUCCAUCCCAACAUCUACUCGAUUUACGAGCUUCUGGAGCGGGUGGAUGAGCCGCUUCUGCAGAACCAGAUAAGAGAGCAUGUCAUCGCUAUCGAAGAUGCCUUUGUGAACAGUCAGGAAUGGACCUUGAGCCGAUCAGUACCAGAACUCAAAGUGGGUAUUGUGGGUAAUUUGGCCAGCGGGAAGUCGGCGCUGGUGCACAGGUACCUGACGGGAACGUACGUACAGGAGGAGAGUCCAGAAGGUGGGCGUUUUAAAAAGGAGAUUGUGGUGGAUGGACAGAGUUACCUCCUCCUGAUUAGGGAUGAAGGGGGCCCCCCAGAGGCUCAGUUUGCUCUGUGGGUAGAUGCAGUGAUAUUCGUCUUCAGUCUGGAGGAUGAGAACAGUUUUCACACCAUCUAUCACUACUACAGCCGCCUGGCCAACUACCGCAACACCACUGACGUCCCGCUGGUGCUCGUGGGAACACAAGAUGCCAUUAGCGCGGCAAACCCUCGCGUCAUUGACGACACGCGGGCACGGAAACUGUCCAACGAUCUGAAGCGUUGUACCUAUUACGAGACCUGCGCCACCUACGGACUGAACGUGGAGCGCGUCUUCCAGGACGUGGCUCAGAAAAUUGUAGCAACACGGAAGAAGCAGCAGUUAUCAAUUGGACCUUGCAAGUCCCUCCCUAAUUCUCCAAGUCAUUCCUCUGUCUGCUCCGCUCCGGUCACAGCUGUGCACAUCAGUCAGACCAGUAAUGGUGGAGGCAGUUUGAGUGACUAUUCCUCUUCCGUGCCCUCAACCCCCAGUACCAGUCAGAAAGAGUUGCGCAUCGACGUUCCCCAAGCGGCCAACACGCCUACUCCGGUCCGCAAGCAGUCCAAACGACGCUCCAACCUUUUCACGUCUCGAAAGGGGAGUGAGCCAGACAAGGAGAAGAAAGGCCUGGAGGGCCGAGCAGACAGCAUCGGAAGUGGCCGAGCUAUCCCAAUUAAACAGGGAAUGCUGCUGAAGAGAAGUGGCAAAUCCUUGAACAAAGAGUGGAAGAAGAAGUAUGUCACACUCUGCGACAAUGGAGUCCUUACGUACCACCCCAGCCUGCAUGACUACAUGCAGAACGUGCACGGGAAAGAGAUUGACCUGCUGAGGACGACGGUGAAGGUCCCUGGGAAGAGGCCCCCCAGAGCCAUCUCCACCUGUGCCGCCCCGAGCCCCAAAACCAACGGCCUCUCAAAGGACAUGAGCAACCUGCAGCUGGUUCAAGCUCCAGGUUCAGUGACCAGUAGUACAUCUGCAUGUCAGAUGGCCAGUGGGAUCAGCCUGGUUUCGUUUAACAGUCGUCCGGAUGGGAUGCAUCAGCGUUCCUAUUCUGUGUCCAGCGCCGACCAGUGGAGCGAAGCCACUGUCAUUGCCAACUCAGGAGUCAGCACAGAUACUGGUUUGGGUGACUCUGUGUGUUCCAGUCCCAGUAUAUCCAGUACCACCAGUCCAAAGAUGGACCCGCCACCCUCGCCGCAUGCUAACCGUAAGAAGCACAGAAGGAAGAAAAGUACCAGCAACUUCAAAGCCGACGGCCUCUCUGGUACUGCAGAAGCCAAACGUAAAGCGUGGAAACUAAAUCGCGUGGGUAGUCUGCGCAACAUUUACAGCAACAAACAAGAGGAGAACUAUGAGUUCAUUAUCGUGUCUCUGACGGGUCAGACGUGGAACUUUGAGGCGACAUCGUACGAGGAGCGUGAUGCCUGGGUACAGGCCAUAGAGAGUCAAAUCCUGGCCAGUUUACAGUCCUGUGAGAGCAGCAAGAACAAGUCGCGGCUGACCAGUCAGUCUGAGGCCAUUGCGUUGCAGUCUGUGAGAAACCUCAGAGGAAAUUCGCGCUGUGUGGACUGUGAGGCCCAGAACCCAGACUGGGCCAGUCUGAACCUAGGGGCUCUGAUCUGUAUAGAGUGUUCUGGAAUCCAUCGGAAUCUGGGCACACAUCUUUCCCGCGUUCGCUCCCUCGACCUUGACGAAUGGCCCCUAGAACUCAUCAAGGUCAUGUCUGCCAUUGGCAACGAGCUGGCCAACAGUGUGUGGGAGGCCAACGCACAAGGGCGCAUGAAACCCGCCCCGGACGCCAGCAGGGAAGAGAGGGAACGUUGGAUCCGGGCGAAGUACGAACAGAAACUGUUUGUGGCAUCGUUGCCAUGCACAGACCUGCCACUGGGGCAGCAGUUGCUACGGGCAACAGCAGAGGAGGACCUGCGGUCAGUGGUGGUGUUGGUAGCACACGGGUCGCGGGAUGAGGUAAAUGAGACGUGUGGGGAAGGAGACGGACGCACCGCGCUGCACCUGGCCUGUCGUCAGGGCAAUGUGGUCCUCACACAACUCCUGAUCUGGUACGGGGUGGACGUCAUGGCGCGGGACGCCCACGGGAACACUGCCCUUGCCUACGCGCGACAGGCCAACAGUCAGGAGUGUGUGGACACGUUGCUACAGUACGGCUGUCCCGACGAACGUUACCCGCUCAUGGCCACGCCCAACCUGUCGCGCAGGAACAACAACCGCAACAACAGCUGCAGCAGCACCUCCAGCGCGGCCGGACUCUGAGAGAGGAGGCGUCCCUGCUCCUCACACUCCUGUCGUGCCCUCCCUCUCUCUGUGUUAGUGCACCCACCCCGAACUUGUACAGACUCAUGACUAUGUUCACACACAAUAACAUGCUACACUCACAGAGAGGAUGGUGAUGAUGAUGAUGAAGAUGAAGAUGAUACACUAAAGGAACCACUCACGUUUCUCGUAGCCUCUAGUUGGGCCACAGAGGGGGCUGGUGAUUGGACUUUUAGCACCUUGUUUUUAG